AGUUUCCUUAUAGUGUAAAAAGAACAACCUUAUGAAAUAUUCCCUUCACAGUCGAAGAUAAACUGAAACAAAAAGAACAGAAAGAGAAGUAGGAGACCAGAACUGAGCGAGAAGAUGAGUGAACCAAAAACUGUAGUUUGAGCUAAACAAACACCUCACAGAUCCUCAGCUGACAGCUUCACUGUUUGUGCACGAAUGUGCUGGUUUGUGAAAGGAAGUAGUUACACACUGCUGUACGUAUGACAUCAUCACUUAGAACAAACAUAACCAGACAAGUUUCAGAAGAAGGUUCUUUCUUUUAUUUUUAAGGAAUAUUUUGAAACUAUAAUGACGUUGUUACUUAACAUGACAGUUUUCAGCUGUGCUAACUCGAUCACUUACCCACAUAACUUAACUUAUAACUUAAUAAUUUACCAAUGCGGGACUGAUAUUGGUUGAAGAUGUGCCUGUGUAGAUAGUUUAGUCAAAAUCAGGCAUGAUUUAUGAGUGUAGUUCAUCACACUUGCAUCGUUUCAUGUUUCCGAUAAAGUGUAAAUAUGCUUUUAUUAGGAUUAACAUAUUUAAGUUGCCUUUUGAAUCUUUCACUUCAUUGCAACACUUUUGUGUAACCCUUUUUUGUAAAAGGUCAUUUAAUAUCUAUAAUGUUUAAUUAAAGAUACAGAUAAUUAAUAUCACUAACAAUUAUAUUUUUAUUAGUUUGUGUAAUUAAAGAUUGUUUAAAUGGCAUAUGUUGUAUAUACCAUGGUGUUGGUGGUUUUGUAGUACAUUCAUGCUUUUACUGAUCAAUGAUCAUUCCUGACAUCUCACAAACACAGACAAGGUGUUAUGUUAUGUUAUUAACAUAAGGUUUAGCGUCAUACUAGUCAUCAUAAUAAUGCUUAUAUAUGCAUUACAAAUUAUUUAUUCUCAUAUGGAUUCAUAAAUGACAGUUGUGGCUUUCUUAAGCUAUCUGUGUAAUGUUCAUAGAUACUAAUUGGCUAAUAUACAAAGCAGUUCUUAGCCAAUUAGUAAACAUUAUAAAAUAAAGCAUGAUUUGAUAUGAAUUUUAAUACAUGUAUUCGCAUUGAUUCAGAAUACCAACACAGCUGUGCCGUUUAUGUGGUUCUUCAGUGGACGCAUUGCACUGAACCAUCAAACCUAUUUGCAAUUUCAGAAAGUUGUACAAGGAAGGUUGAGUGGGUUUUUUUCCUUAGAGAUUAAUAUCUUUGCAGUCUGAAGGAAGCGGUUAGGGCUGCUGCACCUUUUUACUGCUAAGUGGUCUUUGUCGUCACUGAAACCAGAGGUCACCAAAGAGUGACUGGAGGGGUUUUCCUAAACAAGAUUUUCCACUGCAUACUUCUAGGUUUUUGUAACAGACUGUGAAAGGUUGCCUGUCUUUGUAUUAAAGGGUUGUUACGUUUAUUCGGUCACUGAUUAAUUGAUUUUCACAGAUAUAUUUAAAAGCACAAUUGCUUGUCAGCACCAAAGUGAUGGAAGGAAGUCACUGUGGAAGCUGCUCUUUGUCACACUGAAACCGAUCUGCAUCCUCAAACUGAUGGGUUGCUUCUACGCUGCUCAUUUAUCCCUGUUUUCCAGUUUAUGAAUAAAAUAUAUUGUUAUUAAUUUUCCCACAAGACCUUGAAUCUAGUUUGGUCUUUUUAUCAGCUUUUAUCAUUGAAAUAUAAUGACACAAGUUAUGGUUAUGGUUACACGGUUAUGCUUUUAUUGCAUUGGCACUGUGUUUGGGAUUUUUUGCCAUGGUGAAUAAUUAAGCCGUUCGCAACCAGGUGCUUUCCAGAUGGUGUUUUACGGUGGAUCAAAAGAGGUACUGACAUCAGUGACAUCAAUCUGGACAAGAGCCUAAACACCAGUGGCUGAAAUGCAGCCCCAAACCAUGACGGAGCCUUCACCGUGUGCUACAGAUUGCUGUAGAAACUCACUGUUUUACGUCUAUCUUGACCUGCUGCCCACAGAUGUGCUCAGAAGUUUACAUAUGGGCAUAGCUGUCAGUCCAGUUCUUAUAUAAUUCGGGAUAUCUUACCCUUUUCUCCCUCUUUCCCUUCAUUAUGAAUAGCUUCUUGACAGCCACCCUUCACAGAGACCAAUUCUGAUGAGGCUUCAGUGAAGAGCAGAUGGUUUAACUGAAGCACCAGAUGUAUUCUUGAAAUCUUGUCUCAAGUCUUUCAUGGAUUUUUACUUAUUGUUUAAGGACAGAAGAGGCUUGGUUCAAAACUUUUACACAGCACCACUGAUAUAAUAGGAAAGGACAGAGAAAAAUAAAACAUCUUCACACCAUCAUUAUGCACAAUAUGAAGUAUGUCUUUUUCUCAUCGGUUCCUCAUUCUGUAAAUUCCUGACAAGGAAAAGAACAUGUUGAACAAAAGGUUGUGAUGAGCGGGGGCAUUUAGUCAAUGAAUUCAUGUUGCUUGAAAGGUUUUUGUUUCACAACAUGUCACGCCUUUAAGAUACAAUUUCUUUUUCCUGAUGGUAAAAUCGUUUACUGCUCUGGUAUUCAUUGACCUCAAAAGGAUGGAAUGUGACAGUCAUUGUGUGGCACAAUUUCAAAGCAAAGACGUAUUUUUUCGAUGACACAGAGAGGAGGUCCUUGGAAGGUGGGUUGUACACUAUAUAAAUCUGUGCAGCAGAAGCAUUGGAGAGCAUCCAGGAUCCAGACUUGGAGAGACACCAACUGAAGACUGAACAGUGCACAGCUUCUACAUUAUAAAUUCUGAAAAAGCCUUAGCCAUCGUCUGUGAGACAAGUCCUGCAGAGAUGACUGCAUCCACAGAGAAACUGCGAGAGAGCUACAACCAGCAGGGCUUCCUCUCGGCACUGCCUGUGCUGAAUGAGACAGAGCUGAGGGAAGCAAGAGAUGCCUUUUCUAAGUUGGAGAUGGAAUUUGGUACUGAGUACACGCAGUACAGCCUUCACAAUGCUCACCUCCAGUAUCCAUGGGUGAUGAACCUGACCAAGCACCCUCACAUCCUGCAAGUGAUCACAGCCGUCUUGGGCCCAGAUGUGAUCCUGCUGGAUUCCCGCUUCAUCUGCAAAUACCCAGCAUCGGUCAAACCAGCCAAGGAGGAAACGAUUGCCCAAAGCAAUGGGCACGCUGAAAAAGAUGAACUUCCAUACGUGGCCUGGCAUCAGGACAUGAGGUAAAUUUUACUCAACAGACAAAGAAGCAAACACGUGUUUG